AAUUGAAUUACUAUCUGGCAACAUUGUGUGAAAUCAUUACACUUUGGAGUUAUUUUACAAAACAAUAAAUAAACAAACAACAAUUUGCAGUAAAUAUUUAUACCCCUACGGCAUCAAAAUAAACAAAAAAAGCGUUGCUAGUGAAACUAGGUUUGUGUGAAUUGGGCGCGAAAAAUGGAGAAGAAGGCCAAGGACGCGCUGAGGCGUUAUAAGAAGCCCUCGCGUCCGCAUUCGAGUAGCGAUAGUUCCACGUCUGAUUCUGAUACGGGAAGCAGCUCAUAUAGCAGCACUGAUAGUGAGAUAGGUGGAGGUGCUGGUAGUGGGGGCGGCGGUAGUGGUGGUCCUCCGCAUCAUAGUCAUGCUCAUGGUAUACUCAGUCAUGAUCAGACGCGGCGGUCCAGCGAGCAGCGUCAUAGUCAUCGCAAGAAAAAGAGCUCAAGGCGAGCGGCCAGCUCAUCUGGCGAUGAGCCAGACCGUGAAUCGCAGCAUCAACACCAACAGCAGCAACAUCAUCAUCAUCAGCGCCGGAAACGGGACAAGCGUGAGCAGGCAGUGCAAAAGAAAUUGGUGGCCAAAAGGAAUCAUAUAAAGCGAAAAUUAAAAGAGGCUCGUCUGAAGAAACGGGCAGCAGCUGCUGCCGCUGCCCUAAGUGGUCAUAGUCAUCGUUCUCUGUCGCCCGCCACUCAGGCCAAACUGAAGAAGCUGGCCGAGCGCAAGCAUUUGCGUGCAGCCAGCAAGGAACAGCGGGAAAGGGAAAAACUGCGAGCCGUUCAGCGGGAUCGGGAACGAGAUCAUCAUCGCUUGGGUAGCAGUCGAUCGCCACCAAGCUCAUCGACUACAACCACCACGAAAAUACGCAUUCAUCAGGAUGUGCUGGGCAAGCGGCAGAAAAGUCCAUUGUCCGGAUCAUCGUCGGGACGUCUGCAUCACCAUCAUCCGCAGCUUAUCUCAAGGGAAAAGAUCAUAAUCCAGACACGAACCCGUGGACGAACACCCUCGCUAGAGCGGGAACGAGAAAGAGAACGAGAGAGGGAGCAGCGCGAACGUGAAAGAGAGCAGCGUGAACGAGAACGGGAACGGCAUCAGCAUCAACAGCAUCAUCAUCACCACGAUCUAACGCUGCGUGAACGAGAUCGUCGCGAUCGUGAGCGAGAGCGAGCCGAACGGGAAGCGGCCAGGGAUAAAGAGCGGGCCGAGGCAUUGGCCCGCUGUCAGGAACGUCAGCGAGAACGCGAGCGUUUGGCCCGCGAAAAGCUGCGGCGGCAGGACGAGGAUGACAAACGUGGCUGCAUCACUGGUGCUCCUGGGCGAGAUCAGACCGAUAUGCCACCGUAUGGCAGUCGCGAACGCUCCCUUGAUCGGGCCGGUGCUGAUGGCCGCAAUGGACGUGGCGCCAAACGAGUGGAUCUACUCGAUCCCUAUGAAAGGGAACGGGAUCGCGAACAUGACUACAUUGAAGAACGUCAUGGCCAGCUUAUAGACGACAUGCGACGCUAUGGCGGGCAUCGACGUGGUCGUGAGCUAAGUCCAUUGGUGGCCGAGCAUUAUGCACCCCGAAUGCAUAAUCCUCGCGAAAUGUAUUCCGAGGAAGAGCGUGAACGGGCUUAUAAACGUGCAUAUUUGGAUGCCCGUUACUCAUCUCGGGAACGAGAUGCUUGGCUAGAUGCACGUGAUCUGACAGAACGUGAACUCCAGGGACGCGACUAUCGUGACCUCGAGUCGGAAGACCCUCUCUAUGCAGAUGAGCGCGAGCGAAUUCUACGCGAACGGGAAAGGGAGCGAGAGCGCGAGCGAGAACGAGAACGCCAAUUGGGCUCUGGUGGUAGUGGCGGAGGUCGUGCCGGCGGCGGUGGCAAAUAUCGUGCCGAGUGGGAUCGCGAAUGGGAUGAAGAUGGCGUUGGUGGUGCUGGUGGUAGUGGUGUUGGUGGUCCGGGUGCCACUGGGACGCCUGGUCGUGCUAGUGGCUUUGUGGGUGGACCGAAACGUGGCACUAUUGCCGGUAAGCCCCCAUCUCAGCAGGCACAGCAACAACAGCAGCAGCAGCAUCAUUCGGCCUCCGAACCAGAUUGGGAUGCCGAUGAACGGGACCAGAGAGAUCGAGAGCCAGAGGAAAGACCAGAAACUGGUGGUGUCGCCGGCGGCGGUGGUGGUGGUACCGGUGUUGUUAAGCAAGAGCCCGCCUGGGUGGAGCAUGACCAGCGGGAUAAGCCUCGCACCUGGGGUGCAACACAAUCCGCACAGUCAGGUCAAGGCGAUUGGCGUGACACUGACACGAGCAAUGGGCGUGGCAAUGCUGUUGGCAAUGACCAUGCUGCAUCCUCAUCGCCGCAUCAUCAUCAUUUGCAUGGCCGUGGGGAUCGCCAGCCCCCUGGCGGAGGUGGAGGAGGUCGUGGCUUCCGACGUGCUGGCGGUGUACAUGAGCAUGGAGAACGAGUGGGCGGUGGUGGCUAUAGAUCGCAUCCGCCACCCUUAAUGACACUGCCGGUGCAGCCACCAGGUGGAUAUCAUGGCGGCGGUGGUGGUGUCAACUCUCGAGGAUUUCCCCAUAAACGCAUGCCCUACACAGGCGGCGGUGUUGUGUCAUCCGGCGGUGGUUCAUCGCCAUUUCUCAAAAAGCAUCCACAUAUCGCACCAUUGGCCACUGGCAAUGCAUCGGGCAGUGUCAGUGGCUCCUCUGUCACUGGAACAGGUAACUCUGGGUCAUCGGUCGCUGGCAAUCCAUCGCCGCUGUUGACCACACCAUUGGGCAAACCACAUGCUGGAGCCCAGGCCAGCGCUGUGGCUGCUGCCACCACAGCUGUUGCCGCUGCCAAGGCAGCUGCCCAGAGUGCCGCCAAUGCUACCACAAAUCCUGGGAUUUUAGCUCAAGUUAGUAGCAUUAAAUUAACUCACAUUAAACAGGAGCAAGAUGGCUCUGAGGAUUCCGCAUUGGAUACACCAACAACACCAGUUGCAUCGGCCGCUGGCGCCAUCGAAGAAUCGUCCUCGUCGACGUCGCCGGCACAAGCAAUGCGUCCACUGAAACUGGAGACCAAUAUUACCACAAACACUUCCAAUGGAGAAUUGAGCGAGAUUAGCGACAGCGAUGAUGAUAUACUCAAUAAAACGGAUAAGGUCCGUCCGUCCAUCAAAACCGAAUUACAGGAGGCGGAUAAUGAAUUGCCGAGUACUCAGGAACUAUCCACCGAAUCGCUAUCCAACGGCGAGGAGAUUAAAACUGAAUCCAACAAUCAGCCUCAAGUAAAUGGAACAAGUGUCAGUGUGAAGACCGAGGAGAUGGAUGUAGUUCUUGAUUUCGAGGAAAUUUCCGAUGGUGAACUCGAGGAGGAUGCACGUCAUAAGGGUAUCGGCGAUGCUUUGGGUGUCGACUGGCAGGGAUUGAUUGCCGAGACCCGACAACAGGCCGCCCAGCAGCAGAGUGUGGAGCGGAACACCUCGGCCAAGCAGCGUUGGCAACCGCAUCGCCUAUUCCUCGACAUGGGUCUUUCAUUUAAAAUGGCUGGCGCGGAAUAUGCCCAGAAUAUCAUCCGAGAUGCCCAAGAGCAAUUGGAACGCGAAAAGCAGGAGAAACGUAACCUGCAAAAGGAAUCAUCCGGGAGCGAACUGGAACAGAAAGUGGUCAUUUAUCACGAUUACAUGGCUAAUGAUACAGUCGAGCCAUUGGCCUGCGUUCAAAUGGGUUUACGUGGUGCUGCCGCCGAGAGGCAGCGACUCGUCGCCAAUGUCUGUGGUCCGGGCAGUCGUGCGCUAAGUGCUCGCCAGGAUUUGCGUUUGCGACGUCAACUGUGCGGCCUGCCGCCUCGUGAAUGUGAUUUUCCACGUAAUGUGCCUACCGUUGCCGAAGGUGUACGAUCUCUGGCCAUGCAGAUGUUUAAUCGCACCCUAAACGUUCAAUGAGUGACACACAAUUCAGCUAAAGACUGGACAUGGAAAUACAAAUGCAAUCCAAGGAUACAGAAUAAUUAAAAUCGAUGAUGAUGAUGAUGGUUGCAAUAGGCAAUUAGCUCUAACAAAUACCUUAAACAUACAUAUAGAGAAUCCAAUUGAACAUGCAUACUAUAUAAUUUUAUAUUCCAUAUGGUUUUAUUUUAUAUAUACCUAUAUAUACAUAUAUACUGAUUGUAUGUAACAAAUUUAGUUAUAAAUUAAGUUUUGAAAAAAGAAAAUCCAAUUGUAAAUCUGUCUCAAUAUUAAAUGCUUAAUAAAGACAAAUGCCAGCCAGCCAGCCGACUCUUAA